CCAUGGAGGAGAGGCGACCAAGGUGACCGACUGGCGCAAGGAGGAGAAGCACCACAAGCACAUGGAGCAGCUCGGCCAGCUCGGCGCUGUCGCUGCAGGAGCCUACGCUAUGCACGAGAAGCACAAGGCGAAGAAGGACCCCGAGCACGCGCACUCGCACAAGAUCAAGGAAGGGGUCGCCGCCGCCGUCGCCGUGGGCAGCGCCGGCUUUGCCUUCCACGAGCACCACCAGAAGAAAGACGCCAAGAAGCACCGCCACCAUGGACACCAUCACCACUAG